ACACGUGAAAAGUAGUCCCUGCUAGCUAACCUGCGGCUCCGUAGCAUUGUUGUGCUAUCGGUGUUGGUCGGUACGUUACUCGGUCGAACCGGGAAAAGGCGACGCCGCCGUGAGAGCCCGCGGUCCCGGUGGGUGGCGGCAGCCCCCGCGCGGCCUCCCGGGUUCAGUCCGCGGACUCCGGCGGUUCCGUGCGACACCAGCAGGCUGCUAGCGGGAAGCUAGCGUUAGCUCCGCGGGCCGAGCCGUGGAAAAGCGCUCGCGCUGCGGGAGAGAGCUCCUCCGCCCGCACAACGCGCUCGUGUCUCGGUGGAAAGGGCGGCGGGGGUCCGGGGGGGUCCGGGGGGUCGAACUCACCUCGUAUGACAAAAGAAAAACUCAACAACAAGAAGCUCCGCAGCGCGACUCCCAUGUUUCUGCCGUUGUUCGGCCCCGCCGCCGCGUCUCCUCAGCGCUCGGUUCCCAUGUCUGCGGCCGCUCCGGGGCUGAACGGGGGGAAGGCGGUUCUCCCGGCGGGGUUCUGGUCGUGCGGCGGCAGCGAAGAGGCUCACGGCGCCUCCGCGUCCAUCCCGGCUGCUGCUGCUGCGUCUGCUCCGCUCGGCUCCUUCACAUUGUCCUGCAGGAGCUCCGCCGUCUCCUUCCGCCGCGAGGAGGCUGCUCCCUGCGCCUGCCCUCCUCCCCUCCCUCCCCGGCUCUCUAUUGUUGUUCGCGUUCUCCGCGCUUGCUCGCGCGCGCGCCCGCGACGACCACAAACCAGCGGGGAGGAAGCCCGCAAACGGGGAACGUGCGGGGAUCCACCGCAGCGGAACUACUUUGCCCCCCGUGUGUUUGUUUACCUCACCUGUGAACGGUUACCUGUCCCAGCAGCUUUUGACCUUCAUCCUCCUCUGAGGCCUUCAGAAGUUCCAGCAGACCCAGGAACCAGGAGGCUUCACUGUGGUGGAGCGGUCAGCACUCUGACCAGAAGGUCCUGGUUCAAGUCCCGGCGUGCUCUCCUGGUUCCUGUGUGGACUCCUCCCACAGAAACAGGAUUCAUGGCGUGAAUGUGACGGCGUGUAUCUCUGG